UUCACUCUCAUGUGUGCAGAAGAACUCAAGAACUGAACGAUUCUACACACACAUACAGGAGACAGACUCGAGGAGACACAAAGAGGAUUUCUGAGUUUUAUUUGAUCACUUCAGUGUCUCUCUUCAGGCUGAAUGAUGACUCUGAGAGCACUCGUUUUCUGUCUCAUGUUGUGGAGUUCGGAGAGCAGCAGACGAGCAGAAAUGCUCGAUGAUAACACAGUGUUUGAUGUGUUCGAGCUCACUAAUGUUCAUAAGAAGCAUCACGGAGUGAGUUUAGUGAAGGGACCGGAUCCGAACAGUCCGGCAUACAAGAUCCUGAACCCGAACCUGAUCCCCUCCGUGCCCGAGCUCUCCUUCAGGGACCUGAUCUACUCCAUCCACACCGAGCGAGGCUUCAUCUUCACCGCCAGCCUCAAACAAGCCAAGCGGACCCGUGGCAGUCUGAUCUCUGUGGAAAAGAGCGACGGAUCCGGGUCGCUGUUCGAGAUCAUCUCCAAUGGGAAAGCGAACACUGUGGAUGUGGUGUACUGGAGCGCCAGCGGGCGGCACGUGGUGUCCAUUGAAGACGUGAAUGUGGCGAACGGGCACUGGAGGAACAUCACGCUGUUUGUGCAGGAGGAUCGAGCUCAAGUUCAUGUGGGCUGUGAGGAGAUCAACACUCAAGAACUCGAUGUUCCGAUCCAACAGAUUCUCACUGAAGAGAGCGCAGAGACGUCCAGCCUGAGGAUCGCCAAAGGAGCCGCCAAAUCGGACCGAUUCAUGGGAGUUCUGCAGAAUGUGCGUUUUGUCUUUGGAACGACGCUGGACGUGAUUUUACGCAAUAAAGGAUGCGAGAGCUCGACCUUCAUCACAGAUGUCAUGACCUUUGAGAAUCCUGUCAACGGGUCGAGUGCUGCCAUCCGCACAGACUACACUGGACACAAGUCGAAAGAUCUGCAGGACAUCUGCGGCUUCUCCUGUGAUGAUCUGACCAGCAUGUUUAAGGAGCUCAAGGGACUCGGUGUGGUGGUGAAGCAGCUGUCAAACGAGCUCCGUCAAGUGACAGCGGACAACAACUUAAUCAUGACCCAAAUUAAAAUCCACGAAGGAGUUUGUUUGCACAACGGGAUCGUUUACAGAGACACUGACGAGUGGACGGUGGACAGCUGCACACACUGCACGUGCCAGAAUUCUGCCACUGUGUGCCGUGAAAUCUCUUGCCCGCUCAUGCCCUGUGCCAACGCCACCGUCCCAGAUGGUGAAUGCUGCCCGCGCUGCGGAACACCGAGUGAUUACGCAGAAGACGGCUGGUCGCCCUGGUCUGAAUGGACACACUGUUCGGUGACCUGCGGCAGAGGAGUUCAACAGCGCGGACGCUCUUGUGACCGAAUCAAUAGCAACUGCGACGGCACGUCGGUUCAGACAAGAGACUGUUACAAACAAGAAUGUGACAAACGCUUCAAGCAAGAUGGCGGUUGGAGUCACUGGUCGCCAUGGUCGUCCUGUUCAGUGACGUGUGGCGAGGGCGUCAUCACUCGUAUCCGGCUGUGCAACUCCCCGACGCCACAGAUGGGUGGCAGAGACUGUCAGGGAGAAGGACGUCAGACUGAGAUGUGCCAGAUGGCUCCAUGCCCAGUGAAUGGAGGUUGGGGUCCCUGGUCACCAUGGGACUCUUGUUCGGUCACUUGUGGUGGAGGACUGCAGCGCAGACACCGUCUCUGCAAUAACCCCGCCCCCAAAUAUGGUGGAAAAGACUGUCUGGGUGACUUUAAAGGAAGUCGUCUGUGCAAUGCCCAAUCGUGUCCCAUUGAUGGGUGUCUCUCAAACCCGUGCUUCGCUGGCACUAAUUGCACCAGCUUCCCUGAUGGUUCCUGGAAGUGUGGCGAGUGUCCGGAUGGGUUCACUGGAGAUGGAAUCAACUGUCAAGACAUUGAUGAGUGCAAAGAAGUUCCUGAUGCCUGUUUUGUUCUCAAUGGAGUCCAUCAGUGUGAGAACACAGAGCCGGGAUACAACUGUCUGCCCUGCCCACCACGAUAUUCCGGACAACAGCCCUUCGGCUGGGGAACAGAGCAGGCCAUUGCUAAUAAACAGGUCUGUACACCCAGAAACCCCUGUGAGGACGGCAGCCAUGACUGCAAUAAGAAAGCUAACUGCAUCUACCUGGGCAUAUUCUCUGACAUCAUGUACCGUUGCGAAUGUAAACCCGGUUACGCUGGGAACGGUUACAUCUGUGGAGAGGACCCAGACCUGGACGGCUGGCCAAACACUGACCUCCUUUGUGUGGAAAACGCCACAUACCACUGCAAGAAGGACAACUGCCCUGACCUUCCCAACUCUGGUCAAGAAGACUAUGACAAAGAUGGAACUGGCGACGCUUGUGACAGUGAUGAUGACAACGAUGGGAUCCCUGAUGAUGGGGACAAUUGCCCAUUCAUCUUCAACCCAAGACAGUAUGAUCACGAUCACGAUCAGGUCGGUGACCGAUGUGAUAACUGCCCAUACGACAGUAAUCCAGAGCAGACCGACACCGACAGCAAUGGCGAGGGAGACGCUUGUGCCAUUGACAUCGAUGGCGAUGGUAUUCUGAAUGAGAAAGACAACUGCCCAUAUGUGUACAACAUUGACCAGAGAGAUACUGACCGAGAUGGAGUCGGUGACCACUGUGACAACUGUCCGUUGGAGCACAACCCUGACCAGAUUGACUCAGACUCUGACAAUGUUGGAGACAAGUGCGACAGCAACCAGGACAUCGAUGAGGAUGGACAUCAAAACAACUUGGACAACUGCCCCUACAUCCCCAAUGCCAACCAGGCCGACCACGACAAAGACGGCAAAGGAGACGCCUGCGAUCAUGACGAUGACAAUGAUGGUGUACCGGACGACAAAGACAACUGUCGACUCGCCUUCAACCCAGAUCAACUGGAUUCCGAUGGUGAUGGCCGCGGCGACAUUUGCAAGGAUGACUUCGACCAGGAUAAGGUCCUUGAUAUUGACGAUGUUUGUCCAGAGAACUUUGCCAUCAGUGAAACAGACUUCCGCAGGUUCCAGAUGGUUCCUCUCGACCCCACGGGAACUUCACAGAUCGACCCCAACUGGGUUGUUCGUCACCAGGGCAAAGAACUUCUGCAGACCAUCAACUGUGAUCCAGGCAUUGCUGUUGGUUAUGAUGAGUUCAACGCUGUGGACUUCAGUGGCACGUUCUUUAUCAACACAGACCGUGACGAUGACUACGCCGGCUUUGUGUUUGGCUACCAGUCCAGUUCUCGAUUCUAUGUGGUGAUGUGGAAACAGAUCACACAGACUUAUUGGUCUCACACACCGACUAAAGCUCAGGGUUACUCUGGCCUGUCCAUUAAAGUAGUGAACUCAACCACGGGACCAGGCGAGCACCUCAGGAACGCUUUGUGGCAUACUGGAGACACCGAGGGACAAGUGCGAACCCUCUGGCACGACCCCAAGAACAUCGGCUGGAAGGAUUACACCGCCUACAGAUGGCAACUGAUCCACAGACCCAAAACUGGCCAAAUUAGAGUUGUUAUGUAUGAGGGCAAGAAGGUCAUGGCUGAUUCAGGAAGUAUCUACGACAAGACAUACGCAGGAGGAAGACUUGGUCUCUUUGUCUUCUCUCAAGAGAUGGUUUACUUCUCAGACCUCAAAUACGAAUGCAGAGAUGUAUAACAGCUCCAUCAAAGAUUUCCUGAAGAACGUGCCAUUUAUCUGUUUUGUAGUUUAAAUAUGUUGUUUGAGUUUUGGGACUGAGCUUAUAAAACUCUUCUGUGGGAAGAUCAAGGAGCCAAAAAACUCUUGUACUGAAACCAUUUAGUUGAGGACCACAGGAACUUGUAGAGAAUGGAGACAUGUCAACACUUUCAUCUAAUUGAUCUCCUCCGUUCCCCACAAGUAAGCAACGUUAGAUCAGGUCCUUGUGUCUGACCAUGAGAUAAUGUUGAAGAGUUCUUUUAUAAUGAUGCCUCAGAUCUACUGUGGACUUGAUCAUGAAAAGAAGGAGCUGUUCAUAAACUGAAGUACAACUUUCCCUCGAUUCUGGUGGGUUUGAGACCCCACAGGAGGGACGAUGCACAAGAUGGACUAUCAUUUGGACUUUGUGUGAAUGCGUGGACUUCUGCGUGGACAUUUGUCAUUAAGAUCUUCAGGACUUUAGGCCAUUAUUUUGUCCAAAAGUUGAGUUACUGCCCUCAUUCAGUGGCCUUAAAAUCAGGGUUUCAUUGACAAUGACAAACAAACGUUUUAAAGUAAUUUCUGUCGCUAUGUUCCUAGAGUGGAGUAUUUCUCAGGGCGAGAAGGAUCAUGUGACUUGCCACUCGAGGAGGUUCAAUACAUAGAUGAGCUUUCAUACAAUAUCAUUAAGAACCGUUUUAAAUGUUUUCUUAAAGAAGGAGGAAGUUGCGAUUUAACGCCGAUAACGAGUGUUUCACUUGUUGUUGUGCGGAGAGGACAGAUAUAUGACGACUCAUCUCAAUGACAAUAAUCACUAAAGAUAAAGGAAACAAACAGAAAACUGGAUCUUUAAGAGAGUUUCCUUCAGUUCAGGUGUAACAGCGAUGAAUCUGAACAUAUAUGUUAAUAUACAAAUAUUACCUCACUCUUGUACAAUUGAAAUCAACAUUGAGAAAUUAUCUUUUUGCCAUUAAUAAUUCAGUUUUGUUUUUUUGGGCUAUUGUAUGUAGUAAAACUUGCAUUUAAUGCUGUAAAUAAUACAACAUCCUUUUGUUUUGUUUUUGGAUGGGACGCCCCAGUGAAACGUGAAUGGAAAGUUGUUUAUAUAAAUAUUUUGUGCCUUAAGAAUGAAUGAUGACUUUAAGUUAUUGUUAAUUUUUUUUUUUUAAUAAUGUCAUACGUGUAGAUAUAUGCUAUUUAAAUAAUUUAUAAGGAAAUGUAACCUGACAUUGAAAGUGUUUGUAUAAACUGUUUGCACACUGACACAUGGAUGUUUCAAUUUUAUUUCUUUUUUUUAUAAUUAAGGAUGCUUCAAUGUCGAUAUUGUUACUAGUUUUACACACUACAAUGCUGUUCUAUUCAUAUCAUUUUUAAAGUCAUAUGAACAAUAAAUAACUCCGAUACGA